AUGGGGACAGCAGUAACGGGGACAGCAGUAACGGGGACAGCAGUAACGGGGACAGCAGUAACAGUAAAGCAUCAUGGGGACAGCAGUAAUGGGGACAGCAGUAAUGGGGACAGCUGUAAUGGGGACAGCAGUAACGGGGACAGCAGUAAUGGGGACAGCAGUAACGGGGACAGCAGUAACGGGGACAACAGUAACGGGGACAGCAGUAAUGGGGACAGCAGUAAUGGGGACAGCAGUAACGGGGACAGCAGUAUUGGGGACAGCAGUAACGGGGACAGCAGUAAUGGGGACAGCAGUAAUGGGGACAGCAGUAACGGGGACAGCAGUAACGGGGACAGCAGUAACGGGGACAGCAGUAAUGGGGACAGCAGUAACGGGGACAGCAGUAAUGGGGACAGCAGUAACGGGGACAGCAGUAACGGGGACAGCAGUAACGGGGACAGCAGUAAUGGGGACAACAGUAAUGGGGACAGCAGUAAUGGGGACAGCAGUAAUGGGGACAGCAGUAACUUAAAGCAUCAUGGGGACAGCAGUAACGGGGACAGCAGUAACGGGGACAGCAGUAACGGGGACAGCAGUAACGAGGACAGCAGUAAUGGGGACAGCAGUAACGGGGACAGCAGUAAUGGGGACAGCAGUAAUGGGGACAGCAGUAACGGGGACAGCAGUAACGGGGACAGCAGUAACGGGGACAGCAGUAAUGGGGACAGCAGUAAUGGGGACAACAGUAAUGGAGACAACUGUAAUGGGGACAGCAGUAAUGGGGACAGCAGUAAUGGCGACAGCAGUAAUGGGGACAGCAGUAACAGGGACCCUGGAACAGCAGCACCCUGUCCACCCUCACCCCGGUCGGUUCACAGUUAUGGUUCCCCCCGCAGGAUGGAAUCUGGUCAGAAGUCUCGGCACUGGCUGGAGUGGAAAGUUCGCACACCCUCACCUUUUAAAAAGAAACAAAGACAAGAGACGUCGUUAAUCUGGGACUAG